UUUCCAUCCAGUAUAAGGGCAACUCAUCUGAACGCAGUUGAAAUAAAUCACGAGUCCUAGCCCGUUUAUUAUCUUAUUUAUAAAACGCCCGCUGUCCGCUUCGCAAGACUUAAAAAAUAGUCAGACGAAUUCACGAAUACGAAAGGGAUUGUUAGAAUAUUGGAAUUUACCCUUUUUUUAAAUUUGUUAAACAAUUUGGCAAAGUUGAGUCUCAAAAAUCGGUUUCGUGAAUACGUUGAAACAAAUAAAACGGCUUUUGGACUCCACGGUUCCCAAACGACUUAUAUGCUUUGAUCCCCAGCCGUCGUCCUGUGAAAAAUCGAUUCCAGUUAUCCUGUGCCACUGAGCUGUCAUAUUCCCGAGCUUUGGCCUUACAUUGAAGUGAAUGGAGAAAUCUUGUGCGACAAGCCGUUUGGUCCUGGUGCAAUGAAUUUAAAGUAAAGGACCUUGUUUUCGGCGGGAUUCUCGCAUGAGCCAAAAUGAUUGUUACAUCCGCUUCUGGCCUGGAUAGCACUCCGACGUUGGGCACAGUCGAGGUGACUACGCUGCUGGGCGCCUUUUUCGGCGUCCUCGUUCUGCUGCUCCUACUGUUCCUGUACAUUAGUCGAAAGUGCUGCUUCCACUACCGCCAUGCCAUCAACUGCUGCGACGAGCGGCACUUGGCGGCCAAGUGCGUGCAGAAGAUCACACGGAAGCGGCGCUACGAGAACACCAGUUCCGACUCGGAAGAGGACAUCCUACGGCGCCUGCGGUGGCACCAGCAGCACCAGCUGGCCGAGAAGCCAGGCGGCUACGGGCUGGGGAUCAGUCAAGCUAAUCCGCUGACGGCACAGAGUUUCAAGUAUCACCAGACCGGAGCUGACCUGCAGCGGGUGACGGUGACGCGUGACCCCUUGGCCAUCGCCGAGCGCGGCAAGGUCGGUAUCCCGUCGUCGCACAGCGAGUGCAGCUCGAACGACUCCAUGGAGGCCUCAGUGGACAGUCAUACCGGCAUCCUGACGGGCGUGAGCAAAGCCACAACCCAUCACCCGGCGACAUCUUUCCGCAAUCCGUGUGCAGAACACCGAGCCAAGACGCAGGCUCUGAGGUACCAACACAGAGUGGAGGUCGCUGCUCCUCCACCCAAGAUAGAAAAGGAGCGGGACAAUGUCAUAGUGGUGCCAAUGUCCAGUACCUACAGUUCCAGCAACAACAACAACUCGAGUGCUACCAGUAACAACAAUACCAGCAGCAACAACAACGAUGACGAACCCCUGUUCGACACCAGCGACCUACGCUCGAUUAAGUCAGAUGACCUAUUGGUGGGGGUUGAUACCAAGGGCGCAUCCGUCCAGCGCGGACCCAUAGAGCUGGAAUUGUCGCUGCUGUACGACGCUCCCAUGCGGAAGAUGACGGUACAUGUGAUGCAGGCCAGAAGCCUUCCGCCCUUGAGCAGUGGUCAGCCCACCCACACGCAGGUGCGGAUGUUGAUGCUGCCCAGCAAGAAGCAAAAGCUGAAGACGAAAAUUCGCAGCGGAGAGAACCCCCAGUACAUGGAGAGCUUCCUGCUGCACCGCGUCAACCCGGAAGAGGUGAACAACAUGGGUCUCCGGGUGCGGCUAUACGGCUGCGAGCGGCUACGGAAGGAGCGGCUAAUUGGGGAGGCCUACGUAAGCUUCGCUACCGUGGACCUGGAGCUGGAGACGAAUCUUUGGCUGCCACUUGAGCCCCGUAACACCUCCUCGGGCCUGGGCUCCACCAGCGACCUGCUGAGCCUUGCGCGGUCGGAGAGCGCCGGCUCCACCUCGUCCAUGCAGCACGGGGGCGUCUCCGAGCUGCUGCUGGGCCUCAGCUACAACGGGGUCACCGGGCGGCUAAGCGUGGAGAUCAUCAAGGGCAGCCAGUUUCGCAGCUUGUCGCUAAACAAGGCGCCGGACACGUACGUUAAGAUGGUAAUGGUCAGCAGUAUAGGGCAGGAGAUAUCUCGGGCCAAGACUUCAACCCGAAGGGGCCAGCCUAAUCCUCUUUUCAAGGAGACAUUCGCCUUCCAGGUAGCUCUGUUUCAGCUCAACGACGUCACUUUGAUGAUCUCCGUGUACGCCAAGCGGCACAUGAAGAAGAACGAGAUGGUCGGCUGGUUCAGCCUCGGCCUGAACUCGUCCGGAUCGGAGGAAGUGGCCCACUGGGCGGAUGUGUGCGAGAUGCCUAAGGGCGAGAUGCUGGCCCGUUGGCAUGUGCUGGUGGAUUCCUGAUUCGAGCAGCUGGGCCAGUCCUCGGGACGCAGCGGAAGGGCCCUACGGAAGCUGGGUUUCACUGCGUUCAAGGACCGGUCCCGCGAGAAGGUUUCGAGGGAGUCGCGCCUGGAGGACGACGCUGUUCAAUUCCCUGCAGACAAUGCGGUUGCAGUCGAUAUUGAGCCGGGCCUGGAACUUGACUUUGUUUGAAGCAAAGGUCGGUGUUUGUGAUUUGUUUUUACGAGGGUUGAUGCACAUAUGACGGCUGGAGUCGUCGAGUGUUUAGCCCGGGGUGUUACCGACCAAAUGGUCUGGAUCAUCCGAUCAAUCUUGCCCAGACUGGGCCAUGAAAUAUUUGUAAUUUGGAAUCAAUUUGGCACACAUUUUCUUCAUAAAAUGUGAGAAAUAUGAACAACUAAAAAGGAAUAACAUAGAAUAUCGAAAUUUUAUACGCAAUGGCAUGGCACCUAAAGUGCAUACCAGUACUUAAAUUACUACUCAAAAUUUGAAUUUUAUGAUUGUUUGUGAUAAAGAAUACUAAAUGAAUAACCUGAGAGGCGAAAAAGAGAAUGAAUUGAAGAUAUUGUGUGUACAUCUGUGCAUCUGCUCUAAUUUACGGAUAAGUGACGAAUUUUUGUAAUUAACCUUUCUGCAUCUUAUAUUUAAAUAUUAAGCCCGGCAUAGGCUGCCCAAAGUCUGUUAAGACUAGCACUUUUUUAUUACCGAAAUAUAAAAACAGAAAAUACAUAUGUAGGAAAAAUUGAAGUCAAUACUUGCAUACAUACAUACCUGGAAUAUUACAUACCUUAACAAAACUAACUCUUGAUAUUUUGAUCAAGAGCAAUGCGCAUGUUCCAGUUUUGAUAUUCAGAAAUAGACACAAAAAGUAUCGGUACCUUAAAAUUCAUACGCACAAAGACAUCUUCUACACCCGAAGAUAAGUUGACAAAAAAAUUAAAACAUCUGCAAUACAAGCAAGAUGUUUCGCGAGUUGUAGAGACGCAGAAGGAUUUUAUUAGAGCUUUAUUUCUAAUAAGGCAUUGGAAAAAUGAGCUGGAUACUUAGGGUUUUCAGAUAGUAUACCCGACGACAAGGUCGGUGUGGCUGGAAUGUUUAAGGAUCUCUGAAGGGAGACAAUUUUGUUUCUGCAUUGAACUGCAUGAAUUACAUAAGUUUAACUUAUAUUGGAGAAAAAUGAAAGCUUUAACAAAUAUCUAAACUAAUUUAUUUUUAAAGUCAAGUUAGAUCGAAACAUAAAAAACCAGAAUUAUUAAGCUAUUGCCAUACGCAUACGAGAAACUUAAUAUUAAUUUCUUUGUGAAACCAUAUGAAUGUAUUUUGCCAUUCAUAGUAUUUAUAUCUUUUAAAAUCUGUAUGUUUUGAGUGUCGAAUAUUUUAUAACCGCAAUUCAAGUGAAUGUGUGUUUAAUGUUACAACAAAUUCGAUAGUUAAGCUAAAUCUACAACUUAAUUUUGGACGGAACGCAAGGCUAAAUAUAAUAAACUAACCGAAAUUCCCAAAGAGUAAACUGCGAUUAGCCUCGCCGCGAAAU